AUCAGAGCACGAACACCCUUGCAUCCAAUUGCCUGCCAAGUGCAAAUCUUGACAAGAGAAUCUGCUUUUUUAUUUUUCCUCUUUCUUUCGUGGCUUUGAGAGCAACGACUCUCCUCAUAAAAACUGCAAGCCAACAAACAUCAAAAUCUUUGUUAUUUUCGCUCUCAAAGAUUAUCUCCAUCUCUCUCACAUAGUUUUUGUUGUUUACGCCUGUGUAUGUGCAGUGAGAGCCAGGGAAAGAGAUGGAAGAAGAGAAAUCAUACUCGCAACCCAAUUCUCUGCCAUAUUCCAGCAGUGCAAGAGUUAUCUCAUCGGAAAUUGUGGAGAUAGGAGAGGAUAGUAAGAGUGGUACUUUUGCUAAUUCCAGAGAUUUUGGUGCUAAUGAUGUUUAUGUAGCUGUUGGUAAAGAUGAUUUAGAUGUCCUGAAAUGGGCUCUUGAUCAUGCUGUUUUUCCUGGAGCUCGAGUUUUCCUUGUUCAUGUUUGUCCUCCUGUUACCUUUAUUCCUACACCAGUUGGAAAAUUAUCCAGAAGCCAACUAAGCCAAGAUCAAGUGACAUUUUACAUUAAUGAAGAGCAUAACAGGAGGAGGAAUAUAUUGCAGAAAUACAUUCGCUUGUGUGAUGAUGCUAAGGUGACAGUGGAUACAAUGCUCCUUGAGAGCAGUGAGACUGCCAAAGCCAUACUUGAUCUUAUUCCUGUUCUCAACAUUACCAAUCUUGUCAUGGGAACUACAGGCCUGCCUUGCCCCAGGUUACUGGAGAAAAAAUUGGCAAAAGCAAAAUUUAUCAAGAAGCAUGCUCCAGACUAUUGUCAGGUUACUAUUGUUCACAAUGGCAAGAAAGUUAUGGAUGAUCAGCAGGGAGCAGAGAUGGUGCAUCCAUCUCUCACAUACAAUACUCAAAGACCAGAUAUUACUCGCAGCAGCUCUGAAAGGAAGUUUUUCGAGUGUGUAUGCUUUUCAGUUUGCAGGCGUACGGUGAAGGAUUCAUAAGAUUUUAACAGCUCCAAAAUAGAACAUGUGAAAAACAAAUUACAAUUGGCUAAGGUAAGGCCACAACAAGCACAAACCAAAAAUUCUGGAAGAGAUGUGGUGUGUUCUAAAAAUAAUGGUGCAAGCAGAAGACAACUACUUCUAUUACUAACACUUUUUUAAUUCUUUCUAGGCCUAUAGUUCUGAAUAAUAUAUAAUGUAUUUGACUAUUUGUACCCAAUACAUUAGAAGUCCAACAACACAAAAAUACAAAAUAGGGGGAAAAAAAGCAUGGAACCUGUAGAAUAGAUGAGAGCACUUGGUGGCAGUUCCAUGACUUAAACCUGGUCAUGGGUUGGUUCAGAAUCAAAACCGAUCAAAUCCGUGUUUGACUCAAAUCGUGAAUGAAGCGAAUUCAAAUUGAA